AUGGCCAACUCGGGCUUGCAGCUGCUGGGCUUCGCCUUGGCCCUUUUGGGCUGGAUCGCCACGCUGGUGGCCACCGUGAUGCCCCAGUGGCAGAUGUCCUCCUACGCGGGGGACAACAUUAUCACGGCGCAAGCCAUCUACAAGGGCCUCUGGAUGAGCUGCGUCUGGCAGAGCACCGGCCAGAUCCAGUGCAAGGUCUACGACUCCGUCCUCGCCCUCGGAGCCUCUCUCCAAGCCACCCGGGCCCUGAUGGUGGUCUCUAUUGUCUUGGGGGUCAUCGCCAUGGGCAUUGCCACCAUGGGAAUGAAGUGCACCCGCUGCGGAGGGGACGACAAGACCAAGAAGGCACGCAUUGCCAUGGGAGGAGGGAUUGUCUUCUUGGUUUCCGGUUUGUGCUCCCUGAUCGCUUGCUCCUGGAUUGGGAAUCAGACUGUGCAGGAUUUCUACAAUGCCUUGGUGCCCGUCAACUCAAAGUACGAAUUUGGAGCGGCCAUUUUCAUCGGUUGGGCCGGUUCCGCGCUGUUGUUGCUGGGCGGAGGGCUGCUGUCCUGCUCUUGCCCCUCCAAAGAUGGCUACAGUGGCCGCUCCUAUCCGCAAGGGAAGGCCAUUUCCAAACCUCCCAGUAGCAGAGAAUAUGUUUAAUUGCAGCCAGAAGCACCUGAACACCCACCAGUCCCAUAGACACCCGGAAUACCACUGAACUGCUCCCCAUAGCCCAUCAUUGGGGGGACUUUGAACUUCUACCCCCUUGGAGGUGCUUUUAAUGUUCUUCAUUUCAUUGCCUUUUAUUUUUUAAAAUUGUGUUACCUUUUUAAGCAACAACAACAACUGGCUUUGUAAUUAUUUAGCAAUCCCCGUGUAAUGUUAUUUUUUAUCAUUGGCAGCAUAUGGAUCUGCAGAAUAAAUCAUCAGUGAUUAACUUGUGCGUCCUGAAAACGUUUGCUAGAGUAGAAUAAAGGCACAGAUUUUAAAUUUUCUCUCCCACUUUUGCAGGGCAACAGGGACCUGUUUUAACACACUUUUAUCAUUCCUAUGAUUGAAUAAAUGUAAGUUUGAAAUUGACUUCUGCAGAUAUCACAGAGCCCCAAAAGGCAGAAUCAAGUUCCCUUGGAAGAAUCCUGACAGAUGCAAAUCCAUAACUGGGAAAGGAACAGAGCUUGGAGAAGUUACCUUUUUUUUGGGGGGGGGCAACACCUCCCAAUUUCCCUGGCUGUUGGCUUGGGGAUUCUGGGAGUUGUAAUCCAACAGGAUGCGUUCUCCAAGCUCUGUAAAAGAACGUUAGAGAGCUUGGGGUUUCUUAUGUGUUGCUGUGGGUCAUUUAACCAUCAGAUGGGUAAACCCCAAAUUAUCAAGUUGCUCUUUAGAAAUUUUAUUCUCCUGUUUUUGGAUUGCAGUUCCCAGAAUCCCACUGUCCCUGCUGGUGGAAGGAUUCUGGGAACUGUAGUCCAAAAGAUGGCAACACAUCCAAGCUCUGAGAAAUGAUAUUAUUAAGUUUUUGGAAGCCUGUUAAGGACUUGCAAAGAAGAAGAGACUACAUAGCCCAGAUUCCUGUGGCAUUUGGUAUUGUAGAGGUGGGAAUGGUGGACUGUGUAAUGUUGGACUGCAACACCCAGCAACACCCAGCAGCCCCAUGGCCAGCAUCGCCAAUGGUGAGGGAUAUUGGGAGUUGGAGUCCAACCGCAUCAGUAGGGGUGUGUGAUUUUUCGCCCUUGAGAUAUUGUGGCUCACGUUGAAUGUUGUGCGCGUGAACAUAGCUAUGUGUACUCACAUUUAAGUGCACAAACACACAAUGGUGUCAUUUGCUGAGAUUUGGAUGAAACCCAUCAUCAGAGCUUGAGAAGGGAAUCUAAUAUCCAUCACUUCACCCCAAUGCUAAAUUUCCCCAUUAAGCAUAAUUUCACUCCAUUUUUAAAUUUUUUCUGCACUCUGUGAUAUUUCUUUGAUUGAUUAAUUUUAAAUUUCAAAUUUAAAUUUUAAAUCUCUCUUUUUUUGUCAUGGCUUGGAGGGAAAGGGGGAGAUGGAGAGAAGGAUUUGCAAGCUUGGCCAGGAACAGAGGUAUUCGUAGAGUAAUAAGUUGCCUUAUUUAAAGCACUGCAACUCAAUCGGGUUGUAUAUGCAUCUGUGUAUUUUUUUAAAAUUCAUUGUCUCUUUAUGUUGCUGGGAAUUGAUAUUUUUUUUUGUAUAUAAUAAAGACUGUUUUGGACAAAA